CCUCAGGUUCCCGCGCAGUCCGGAGGAGUUUCUGUGGCCGAGUGUGGGCUAAACCUUGUGGAUGCAGGUGGUGCUGGAGGCCGGAGCAGUCGGCUACCAGGGUCAUUCCCGCCUUUUAAGUUUGCCAGGCCAGCCUGCCCUCCAGCUGCUUUUUCUACCAGGGUUUUCGCUACUAAUGUUACAAACAAUAAAAUAUUGGACCAUAGAAUUGACGACAAGACUUAAACCAGAUAUUUUUUUCAGUUAGUUAAAAAUAUGGAUCCUGAAAAGGGACCACAGAUUAUCAAAGUGACACCUCUUCAACAAAUGCUUUCUUCUUGUACUGGAGCUAUACUGACAUCACUAAUAGUGACACCCCUGGAUGUUGUUAAAAUUCGACUCCAAGCCCAAAACAACCCAUUCUCCAAAGGAAAAUGUUUUGUAUAUAGUAAUGGACUCAUGGAUCAUGUGUGUGUCUGUGAAGAGGGAUGCAACAAAGCAUGGUAUAAGAAGCCAGGAAAUUUCCAGGGAACACUGGAUGCCUUUUUAAAAAUUGUUCGAAAUGAGGGCAUUAAAUCUUUGUGGAGUGGCCUUCCUCCUACGCUAGUGAUGGCAGUUCCUGCCACAGUUAUUUAUUUUACUUGCUACGAUCAAUUAACUGCUUUUCUGAGAUCUAAAUUAGGAGAAAAUGAAAUUUGCAUACCAAUUGUUGCUGGAACUACAGCCAGGUUUGGUGCAGUUACUGUGAUAAGUCCAUUAGAAUUGGUUAGAACCAAGAUGCAGUCUAAGAAGUUUUCUUACAAGGAGCUGCAUCGAUUUAUCAGCAAGAAAGUAUCUGAAGAUGGUUGGAUUUCCCUUUGGAAGGGCUGGGCUCCUACUAUUUUAAGGGAUGUACCUUUCUCAGCAAUGUACUGGUGUAACUAUGAAAUUUUAAAGAAGUGGUUUUGUGAGAAAUAUGGUUUAUAUGAACCAACAUUUAUGAUCAGCUUUACUUCAGGUGCAUUGUCUGGUUCUUUUGCAGCUGUUGUAACUUUGCCAUUUGAUGUAGUAAAAACACAAAAGCAGACACAACUUUGGACAUAUGAAAAUCUUAAAAUUUCUGAGCCUUUGCAUAUGUCAACCUGGAUUAUAAUGAAGAACAUUGUUGCUAAAAAUGGAUUUUCUGGAUUAUUUACAGGCCUGAUUCCUCGCUUAAUUAAAAUUGCUCCUGCUUGUGCCAUUAUGAUCAGUACAUAUGAAUUUGGAAAGGCUUUUUUCCGGAAACAAAAUUCUCAGAGGCAGCAGUAUUAAUGAUGCUGUUUCAACUUGAAGUAACAACUACAGCCAAAUAAGGUGGAGAUGGCAAGAAAUUUUUCACUGUAUUUUUAAAAAUGAUUUUAUGUCUUUCCUAUAAUUUAAAUAAUUUCUACUCUAUCUCUAAA